GUGAUGACAUCAUCUCCAGGCGCCAAACCAAGCGCGGAUGCGGAGGGGACGUGUCUCAUGCACGUUGAUGUUUUAUGAAUUAGCUGCAGACACGCUCAUUAUUGUCCUGCAACGGUUUUAUUCUGAUCAGAAAUGUCUGUUACCGAGAUGUUCAGUUAUAUUCAGGGCUUCCUGAGCGCCGACCAGGACAUCAGAGAGGAUAUCCGUAAGGUGGUCCAGACAUUGGAGCAGACUGCCAGAGAAAUACUAACAGUACUCCAAAGUGUCCACCAACCAUCUGGAUUCAAAGAAAUCUGUAAAAUUAGUCUAUUUUCUAUUCUCACAUUAGUUCCCGGUAAAUGUGCAAAGGCACGGGAGUUGUUCUGCACGGUGAAGACACAAAUUGCUGACCUCAAAACAAAAUUUCCUGUGGAGCAGUAUUACAGGUUCCAUGAGCAUUGGCGGUUUGUCCUGCAGCGCUUGACUUUCUUAUCGGCCUUUGUUGUCUACCUGGAGAGUGAAGCUCUUGUGAGUCGAGAAGAAGUGGCCCAGAUACUUGGGAUUGAGGUGGUGCGAGAGAAAGGCUUUCACCUGGAUAUAGAAGACUACCUGGCUGGUGUGCUGAUCAUGGCUAGUGAACUGUCUCGGUUGGCAGUAAACAGCGUCACAGCAGGUGACUACAACCGGCCCCUCCGAAUCUCCAACUUCAUCAACGAGCUGGACUCAGGCUUCCGCCUGCUCAACCUGAAGAACGACCCUCUGAGGAAGCGCUACGACGGCCUCAAGUAUGACGUGAAGAAGAUUGAGGAGGUGGUUUAUGACCUGUCAAUCCGAGGGUUGGCCAAAGAGCCCGAGUCUGCCUUGGACAAGUAGAUUUGGUGGUUGACUGUGGGAGACGGAGGAGGGUUGGGACCUCUCCAUGGCUGCUGCUCUUUACCCCACCUGCAAGGCAAGACCCAGGGAUCUGCCUGAGGCCCCAGCAGCUGAAGACAGACUGUGUGAGUGUUAGUGCAUAUCUGAAUGUGUGUUUGUGCGAAUACAUGUAUGAGAGGUGCUUUAGAAGGAUAGCAGUCUGUCAGAAGGAUGGCAGAGACGGUGACGGAGUUUGGCCCCCUUGUUCACGUCCGAAGAUCGAAGGGUCAGUUUGUAGCUGUUUUGUUUUUGGGUUUUUUUUAAAUCUGUUUUCUCAGCUUCAUCUGAUUCAUGUUGUCUCACUGAGUUGGUUUUGCAGCUGUUUCAUCUAAUUUGCAACAAUCACCUUUCUCCUGAUUAAAUUACAUUAUAAUGAUGUUCAAUAAGACUGGUGAAGAUCACCCAGAGUGGAGUAUUCCAGACAGACAGAGCUUAUUUUUUUUGUAGAUGUUUGUGUUUAUUUGUAAAAACGAAAAAACAAAAAAAAACAAAAAAAAAGAAAAUGAGAUGUGUUUGUGUUGUUUACCAGAUUAGUUGAAGCUUGGUGAUAUUGCGUGGGACUCAAAAAAUUAAUGCAUCCAAACAGACAUUCAGGAGCCUCAUUUAUGGAGGAAAUACUUGAUGCACCAAUCAGAUGAUUACAUCUAGAAUUUGAUACUCAGAACAGAAGACACUAACAACAAAUGAAUCACAUUCUAACCAGACUUUAUCAUGUCUGAUUUUCAUAAAGAAGCCUUGUGUUGGAUUUUUAUCUUUAGCACCUAACUUUGACAUACAUAUUUUUUCUUUACAAAUGAGGCUCCAGGAGUGGUAGCGCCAAAGAAUGACAAAGAUGCACUUCAAAUGAUAUAAAGUGACUGUGAUUAGUUGGAUUACAUUUUUUGUAGGUUAUUUCCCAACAGCGAGGAACUCUCGUGGGACAGUGCCAAUAAAUCUGUUAAGCCAUUUGAAUAUUUUGGAUGUCUAGAGAUGAGACUUUUUUUCUAGGAGUCUUGGAGCAAACACAAAAUAGUCAGAAUGUCAUGUACUGCAUGUGAUAUGUUUACUGUUUUUGUUGUUUUGUCAUCAAGAAAUGUUUGUUUCCUAUAAUCCAUGCUUCUGUUUGCUUCUAUAUUGUAGUGGAGCCAGAUUCACUCUCUUCCAUCUUGUGCUUUUGUUUCCUGGACUGAUGAGUGCAUUUCACUUGUACUGUUUAUUGCUGUCUUUGAAUCAGUUGUCCGAAAGUUGCUUAAAGUUACUGUAAAUAUAUUUCUAUAUUCUACA